GAGUUGCUUGUGCUCACUGCAGUGGGAGCAUCGUGAUGGGAACUGCUCAACACUGUUCUGUCCAGUUCUUUUAGUACCAUAAAAUUUGACCAGGCUGUAUGCUACUCUUAUACGUGCUUUUAACUGCCAUCAGCAGCAGUUUUGAAGUGGCUGUUUUGUAAAGGUGUAGGACAAAUAAAGAGGACAAGAGACCUCCAAGAACAGUUAGUCUUCAAACCAAGGUGCCAUAUGAAACACUGAACAAACGGUUUCGAGCUGCGCAGAAAAACAUUGAUCGAGAGACAAGUCACGUUACGAUGGUUGUGGCAGAGCUGGAGAAGACGCUGAGCAGUUGUCCUGCUGUGGAUUCAGUUGUUAGUCUCUUAGAUGGCGUAGUUGAAAAACUCAGUGUGCUGAAACGAAAGGCAGUUGAGUCGAUCCAGGCUGAAGAUGAGAGUGCAAAACUCUGCAAACGUAGGAUUGAACACCUGAAAGAACACAGUAGUGACCAACCAGCUGCUGCAAACAUGUGGAAGAAGAAACGUAUGGACCGUAUGAUGGUGGAACACCUCCUGCGCUGUGGCUACUACAACACAGCUGUAAAACUAGCAAGACAAAGUGGUAUUGAGGACUUAGUAAAUAUUGAGAUGUUUUUGACUGCUAAAGAAGUGGAAGAGUCAUUGGAAAGACAAGAGACUAUGACUUGCUUGGCUUGGUGUCAUGAUAACAAAUCCAGGCUCAGAAAAAUGAAGAGCUGUCUGGAGUUCAGCCUAAGGAUUCAGGAGUUCAUUGAACUCAUUCGACAGAACAAGAGACUGGAUGCUGUGAGACAUGCAAGGAAGCAUUUCAGCCAGGCUGAAGGAAGCCAGCUGGAUGAGGUUCGACAGGUGAUGGGGAUGUUGGCUUUUCCUUCAGACACUCAUAUCUCCCCCUACAAGGAUCUUUUGGACCCCGCUCGAUGGAGAAUGCUGAUACAGCAGUUUAGAUAUGAUAACUACAGACUACAUCAGCUGGGAAACAAUUCUGUUUUUACUAUAACACUCCAGGCAGGCCUUUCAGCUAUAAAAACACCACAGUGCUAUAAAGAGGAUGGGAGUUCAAAAAACCCAGACUGCCCUGUGUGUAGCAAAUCCCUGAACAAGCUGGCUCAGCCUCUGCCUAUGGCACACUGUGCCAACUCCCGACUAGUCUGCAAGAUUUCGGGGGAUGUAAUGAAUGAAAAUAAUCCUCCCAUGAUGUUACCAAAUGGAUAUGUCUAUGGUUACAAUUCUCUGCUUUCUAUUCGCCAAGAUGACAAAGUAAUUUGCCCAAGAACCAAAGAAGUCUUCAACUUCUCACAAGCUGAGAAAGUCUACAUCAUGUAGGUCUGUAGAAAACACAAGACGAAGUGCCGCUGGAAUUUUGACACAGAGUACAUUGGCAUUCCCUGUAAAGGGGGGGGGCCUUAAUGUGUGGCAAAGAAGCAAAACCUGCCACCUUGGUGAUCAGACCUGUCGGUGGCAUUAUUGUUUCUUGCGACCAAAGAUCAAUGAGCAACAAUAAACACUCUUUAAACAAAAGAAAAGAGGAAUUAUGACUUAAGUUUGUACUUGAAUAAAAACGAAAAGAAACUUUGAUUGUCAAGGUUUUGUAACAUAAGGUCAAAAAUUGGACUCUUCUCAAAAGUACUUUCAUCUUUUAAAGGGUAACUCUCUUUAAAGAUGGACACUUGCACUGGGGGAAAAGUUGCAACAGAUUGGAACCUAAAUCCGUUUUUCUUCCCUCUUCUUUACAACUGUCCAAGACCCUUUUGUUAUGAAAGAUUUCAGUACUACGAAUAUUCUCCUUUAAGCUCCUCUUUGCCUUCUUUCUGAUCCUCUCGUGAAGUGAUCCUGAGCGUGAAUCAUGUAACUUAUUUCCUUGGGAAAAUAUUGAUGUCAUUGACACGAGACUGGCUUCUCUAGAGGAUCAACCAGGGACUGGUUUGAAGGAGUGUAAAGUCGUUUUCCAAACCCAAAUAUUUUAAGGAGGUUGCAUAAAUAUUGAGAGAAACUGAGAACAUUUCAGGCAAAAUUUGAUGCUUGUUUAAAUGUUCUUUUUCCAGUCUACCAUAGUGUUAAAGUCCUUCUAAAGUUAUUAGUUAUGUGCAUAGGGUUCAAUAUGAAAUCAUUAGUGCUACUGCCUUAUUUCUUGCUUUGAGAAUGUACUCACAUGAAAAUGAGCUGGUAUUCUUAAGUGUUGGGCAAAGUUUCUGAAGAUGCCUUGCAGGAUAAUUACAUAAUUUUAGGGCCUAAAUAGUAUUCAUUACUGAAACUAAUAGUUCAAUUUUAAUGACUACGGAACACAUCCUUACGACUUUUGGAAAGAAUUAAACCAUUGUAGUUUAAACAAAACCAUAUUGUAGAGGUUUGUAUUUAGCGCUUAUUUUUGCAUGUUGAUGUUGAUUAGCUAAUAAAAGAUUGUAAAUGUAAAACAUGUUAAUAAAAACUGUUUUCCAUUUCUUGA